AAAAUAAAACAAAGGGGCUUUAAAUAGCCUCAUACAAAAGACUCUAACUGACAUGACACAAUUGCCCUUAGGCUUACACAUGACCAUUCCCAUACAAAGGGGUACAAAGGGAAAUAAAAUAAACACUCAUAAGCAAAUAAUAAAAUGCAUGAAAACAAAAUACAUCGACUCAAAAAUAUAACGACUCGAUCGUGGCCAUAGAUUGGCGGCCACGUCGCUGGUAAACUCUCCAUGAUGAUCUGAUGUCCCCAUCACUAACCCUAGAGAUUAGGUAUUCUUAAAGCUGAAAUAAGAAUUAAUGCAAUCAUCUUUGUCUGGUUUCAAGAAGGGCGAGGUUAACACAUGGCCGUUACAAUAGCAUCAAAAUCUGGCGGAGGAUGGCUUAGGGAUAGGUAAAAUUACCAAAUUGACUUAGUUAAUCAUGAUUUGAUAAUCUAAUCAGUCAAAAAAAAACCUCUUAUGCUAGAUUAAGCAUGACAUUCAUAUGUAAGCCUAAAUUAAUGUUGAACCAAGCAACAUCUUUAUACCUGUGCGUGUGUACACGAGCAUACGCACUCACACACAAAGAGAGAAUUAACUUUCACUUGGUGGCUAUGGCAUGAAGGAUUUCUUUGCUCCUUGCUUGGGUUUAAAAUUGUAUAUGGCCGUGUGCUGUGUUUUUUAAAUUUCAUUUGUGACCACAUUACUGAUGUAAAUAAGUUGAGUCAAGCUUGAAUUAGUUCGUCUUGAGCUUGAUUAAUUAGUCAAAUUUAAGCUUGAGCCCGAGCUCAAUUUUGAGUAGGCUCACAAUUCAACUCAUUUAUUAUGAAAGAGAUAAGCUCCUAUUUCUAGUUGUUGUGGCAAUUAAAUUUUAAGAAAAAUAGAUAGAUUUAUGUGAUUUGGACGAGGAAAAAAAAUAAGAAAAUGUUCCCUUUAGAUUGAUAAAUUUAAUGUUGAAGGAUUAGGGAGGAAGAGGGAUAUAUGAAAAGUAAAAUUGAUAGAAAUUAUACAGAAAGGCUGUUAGAUUAAGUUUAAAUAUCUUGAAUUACUUGUAGAAAUGAGUGGAUAAUAAAGAUCAUAAUGCCACCCCUAAAUAGGUGAGGCUUGGCUAACUAUGAUGAUGACAUAGGUGUAUGAAAUUGACAAGGAUAACAUUUAAUUCAAACAUAAGGGAGAAUUGCUAGGUCAUUUGCAACAGCUGAUGGUAAAACAUAAAUUCAAAUAGUGAUAAGUGCAAUUAGCAAUGUUUAUUGACGCUAGCAUAGCAAUUCAAUAAUUAUGCACUCUAGAAGUUGAUGUGGAUACCACAUUCAUACAACUAUACUAUAAAUAAUAAGCUGGCAUGAUUUCUCAUCAAUCCUAAAGUAGGUCUGAAAAAUUAUAUUUCUUUGUCAAUUUGCAUCAACUUUAGGGUGGCAUGGACAUUAAGAAAGUCCAAUGAGACAAUCUCAGCAUCACAGAUAUUUUGACAAGGUUCAUGAAUAUCCUCAUGUUCAUUAACUUAUCAUCAACAUGAAUACUAUGUGCUUUUUCGCGGAUGCAAUUUGAAUGUAUGAUACUUUCCAACAAAGAUCAAAGAUGUUCAAUACAACUCAAUAAUUGCAUAAUUUUGACUCAUAUACAAAAACCUCACCACAAGAUCAUUCCAAUAAAGAAUUGAACACACCGCAUUUCUAAUGAGUAUAAGCUCGGAGCUUUGGAUAAAAAAAAUUGUGUAGGUUCUAAGGAGGGGAUGCGCACAAGAUUUUCCUCUCCAUUUGUACAGUGGUGAUUUUCAUGACUCGAAUAUGAGACCUCGAUGUUUGUUGGAGUGAACUCAACCACUAGUCCAGGCCCACCCUCCUUUGAGCUUUGGAGAAGAGGACCUAAUUAUAGUGAGACUUAGUCAUGGAAGAAAACAACUCAAAUGGCCUAUCAUCUGGAGAAGCUGUGCUGUUGGGAGCUUUGGCAUCCGGUGUUAACGCUCCAACUUGGGCUGUUCUGAAGAUUACGUUUAUGAUGCUUGCCAUUUGUCUUAUCGCCAUGCUUUCCUUAGCAUUCAUAUCCAGCGAUUUUAUUAUAGUUGGUCACGUCAUCUUGCUUGUUAUCAUUGGGGCUGUGCUUUUCGUGCUCCUAAAUGGCUUUCUGGCACAGACCGGGCUGGUAUCAGUAGAACAACAAAUUGAAGAGAUGGGUAUCUCUCAAAAUGAUAGACACUUGAAAGACAAGAAAAAGCUUGCUUUGCUUGGUCUUCAAGAAGCAGAAGCAAGAGCAACACGGGCAUUGAAACAUGAACUUCAUCUCUUCUCACCUCUUUCAACUCUUUACAGAAAAAGAGAAAAACUCUUGAGGAAUUCUUCUUCUACACUGCCAUUUAAAUGCUCUGGAGAGGUUCCUUUCUGAAGGAAAGAUGCGCACAGGAGUUCGACUGUAAAAGGAGGUAUGGCCUUCUGAUUGCCCCUCUUGGUCUGUAUCUCUCACUUCGAGGUUGUUAUUCGCUGCUGGGGAAAUUAUAGUCCUUGAUAUAGUUUUUCUUUUUGUAGGGCAUCUUAGGUUGAGUAGUAGAUAUUCAGUAGCAGAUCUUCGUGUCUAUUUGUCAGGCAAGGGAAUAUUUCCUUGCUGUCCAAUGGCUGCUUUUGAAAGCAGAUUUUAGGCAUUUGCUUUCAUUAAGCAAGUGAGAAAUUAUUCUGUGCGGAGGCCGGAUGCAGCUUUACAUCCGGAGACGAAUCAGGUGUAGUCACGUCAGCGGUACCGAGCUGCGGUACGAAGCAAUACUACGUUGCGGUACACAGCGAAGGGGUGAUGUUGCACAUUCUGGUUGGUUUUCAUACUGUGUUUGGCGUCCGCACAGAGUAAAUAAUCCAAGCAAGUAAUAAAUUACUCCAUAGGGUAAGUUUUGGGUUUGCUUGUAAAAAUAAAUAUGAAUCAUUGAGCGAUUUUUGUGUAAUAAUUAUAAAAUUGUUAUAUUAAAAUUAGUUUUUUAAA